GUGCUAUAUAAAAGCCCUUUGUAGAUUUCGUUCGCGAAAAACCCUCCAGUUGCCGAAGAGAGCAAAGCGAUGGUGUCGUUGAAGCUCCAGAAGCGGCUUGCCGCGAGCGUGCUCAAGUGCGGCAGAGGCAAGGUCUGGCUUGACCCCAAUGAGGUCAACGAAAUCUCCAUGGCCAAUUCCAGGCAGAACAUCAGGAAACUGGUGAAGGAUGGUUUCGUAAUCAAGAAACCAACAAAGAUCCACUCUCGUUCCCGAGCACGCAGAAUGAAGGAGGCCAAGAGGAAGGGUCGCCACUCCGGAUAUGGUAAGCGUAAGGGUACCCGGGAGGCAAGGCUGCCAACCAAGAUCCUUUGGAUGAGGAGAAUGCGUGUACUUAGACGUUUGCUCCGUAAGUACCGAGAAUCAAAGAAAAUUGAUAAGCACAUGUACCAUGACAUGUACAUGAAGGUGAAAGGUAAUGUCUUUAAGAACAAGCGUGUCCUGAUGGAGAGUAUUCACAAGUCAAAGGCUGAAAAGGCAAGAGAGAAGACUCUCUCUGAUCAGUUUGAGGCUAAGCGUGCUAAGAACAAGGCAAGCAGGGAGAGAAAGUUUGCAAGGAGGGAGGAGCGAUUGGCACAGGGACCUGGUGAGAAGAGGGCGCCACCAGAAGCUGCACCACCACAACCGGCUGAGGGAGCUAAAAAAUCAAAGAAGUGAGUGAGACACGUCAAUGAUGAAACAUUGAAGAUGAACCUGAAUACGCCAGUGCCCUUGGGAUCCUUAUUAUGACUUUGUUCAUCUUAGCUAUUUUAUUCUGUUUUGUGGAUCUUCUUUUCGUUAUAAAGCAUUAAAUCUUGGACCUCUGUAACUGUUCUUUUGUCUUUUCCCCGUGAACGUUGGAUGAUGUGUUUAUGACAUUGAAUACAUGUCUUUUAUGAGACAUGAGAAUUUUGAACCA